AUGAAUAUUUCAAUGAAAAAAGGAUGCAUUGUGUUUGCGAAAUGUGUUGUGGUCAGCGAUCAGCGAAAACAACAAAGUGGAGAACAGAGCAAUAAAACAGCUGAUGAAAUGAUAAGAAAGGAAAGUACGCUAUGGAUAACGAUCACAACUCCAUGCUACUAUUGCAAUAAUCGCCAUUUGUAUAACCAUUACGAAGACCAAUAUCAAAUCAUAGCCACAUUAAAUGCGGAAGAUAAGAAACUAGUGGAGAACACUGUUGAUGAACAAAAGCGAUGGCGAGAAGUUAUCAUUGAAGCGAUGGAAGUGCAACAGGCAAAACACUAUAAGCAUUCGUUUAAUUUGCAUCACAACGAGAAUAAUAACAAUGAAAGUGUUGAUGUUCAGGUCUGCUAUCCUUUAGAACAAAGCACAAUAAAGUUAAAGCUUAAGUGUAACAUACGUAAAGAACUGACCUAUUCGACGUUCGAAUCAUUUUUGUGUUUUCAUGGCUCAUUAAUACAGCGCCACAUACUUAAAACACAAUGUUCAACUCGAACAUGUACGCAGACAUUUGUUGUGCUUUACAAUGAUGAGCCAAUUCCUGCAGAGGUUAAACUUCCACUUGCUAUAAUAUUAUUGUGCCAGAUUGUCGUAUCUGAUUUAUCGCUUUUAUCUCUUCCUCAGAUAUCUGCACGACUAAGAAUUCCUGUUGAAUCGAUAACAACUGUUGUAAUUGGCAUAGCUGCUAGUAUCAUCGCUACUGGAUGGCUAUGCUUAUUUGUCUAUUACAACAGCUGUGGUCGACCGUACACUACAACUGUCGAAAAACCUCUACAGACUAUUUUUUUAAAAGAUAAGUUUAUCCAAACUGCCGAGAAUGACAAUGGAAGCAUGUGCUUUGAGGUUCAGCCACAGGAUAUUCAAAGUAACGAAAAGAAGAGUCUCAAAACAUUAUCCUCUGAAAAUGGUUCGCUAAACAGGGUGCAAAAAGAUAUGGAGGAUACUUCAAUAAAAGAUAUUAUAUCGGAAGCAACGGUGGCAACAACAUCAACAAACACCCGUAAGCAACGUAUCACCACAAUGGAUACUGACCAGCACCAAUUCGAUUAUCCAAUCAGCAUCAUAACCAGACCAAAAAGAAGAGAUGAUUUACGAGUUCAUAAGCUGGAAUCUCGGAGCAAUAUAUCCAUGCCCACGUUGAAGGAAAUUUGUGUGGAGGAAAAACUACAUCCACAUCCAAUUCCACCAACCGAAUCCGGUAUUCUGGAAGUCGGAAAUCUUACUCAGCAGAUAUAUUGGAAUCCAAUGAGCUGUUUAUAA